AUGUGGGUACCGUCUGGUGAAUACUUCGUGGCCGACAGGCCACGAGGAGGACAGCAGACAGGUACUGUCAUGGAUUACCUGGUCGCUCAAGGGAGUCGAGCAGAUAGACCCGAAAGCUAUGGUAUCCACAAUACUGGUCGUACGGCUUUUGGCGAGAAUGGGGACAUUCCACGACCCAGAGCCAAUCAUGCCAGUAUGGUGGGUCGUGUGGAACGACCAGCGGCUACUCGAUCCUACCGUUUCAACCCUCUGGUUCGUCCAGAACCAGCCACGGCUGGAAUGGGCAGCCGGAAAACAGUAGCCCGGCGUGAACGCCGAGAGAGAUUGCGUGCGGUGCGUAACCCACCUCCACCACCGACAAUCAAUGUCACAACAACAACAACAACAACACCGGCGAGUGGUGGCGCCAUUCAAGGUGGUGACGAUGCCAAUGGAAAUUCCAACAACGAGGCUGGUCCAACACCACCACCAACACCAGCAACAACCACAGCAGCAAACUCUCCUCUCAACAUCCCCACCAUCAUAAUCUACAACAGCAAGAGGCAGAGCGAUGGCGACACAACAACACCACAAAUCGCCACGCUCAAUCUUUCCGAUGACGACGAUGGCAAUUAA